UCCAUGUGGUACUCAAAUACCUGAUAGAGACAUAUGUAUGCAAAAUGCAACCUAAACAUGUCUAAAUCCUAAUCUAUAUGAUGAAAAUGUUUAUGAAUGAAUGGAUAAAACAAUGUAAAUAUGCAAGAUAUCAGCUUUAUCACAUUACUUGGGAUGAUUCUGCGUCAUUGCUUGAGAAUAUUGUCGCUUAUGAGGUAUGCAGUUCCAUACACUAAUCUUUUAAACAACUUUUUUUUAAUCUAACAAUGCGUUAUUAUUCAUAAGACGGUAACAUCCUAUCAGCACCUUUUGGAUCUCAAAAGAAGAUUAGGGAAUAGGUCGUCGAUGCAGACAUUUGCAACACUUAGCCCCAUCCCUGAAUUCAUGCAAUGGUUCCUCGCAAACAAUUCUCAUCUCACAUCAAGAUUUGGUGAAGAUGAGGGCGGUGGUACACAGAGCAAUUCAACUUCAUUCAGCGAGAAUGUAUUACUACCAGAAGAGGAACAAACCCUUAUGAGUCCGUCAGAUGAUUCUUCUUCCGGUAGCAACGCCAUGGAAGCUCUAUUAAACUUCUAUCACAAAAGAACUGCUAUUGGGCUACUUCACCUUGUAUAUUUCCUGUUUAAGAACCUAUUCUUAUGUAGUUUUGUGCUAGGUAUGUUCAUUCUUGUAUAUCUAAUGGUUAACAUGAAUCAUAUAAUCAUAACCUCUACUCUUUUUUGUCUUGAUUUUUUACAUAGGUACCUCUUGCAGGAGGAGAAGAGCGGAAAAGCUUUAGACUCUGUUGGAAACUUCCACUUGCAAAACGUAGCGGUAAGUCUAGUGAAUGCAAUAUGAUUUAGACAAACACUUUGUGAUUGAGAUUGAUUUACAUUAGAUGGUUGAAAG